CAUUCCGAGGUACAAGUUGCUGCUUUCUCAGAUGUAAAAGCAUUAGCGAGCAGAGUUCGCAGUGUCGCCGGCAUUAAAGGCUCCGCAGCAGAUUAGGAUUAGCUAGCCAAGCUCGUGUGUAUUCCCGGGACAGCGAGCAGGGGCUCGGAGCCUCCCUGCGCCAGGAACGCGCCCGUGCGCUUCUCCCUGGGCGUUGGAAAGCUGCAGGAGCGCGCCCGGGAACGCGGCACGGCCGCACUCACCAACCCCCGGAGAUGCCCUCGCUGUCAGGCACUGAGGGGUUAAAGAUCUGGGGGUUUCCCCGAGUGACCCCGCUUUUUUUGGCAGCCCGCUUCCCGUGUCCCACUUUCUCAUAACCUCGGCUGCCUCCUCCUCCUUAUAUAUUCAUGAAGCUGUGCAGCUGGGGUGAAAUAAAAGCCGGGCGAGCCGGGACGGCCGCACAGGAAGAGGAACUCCGUGUGCCCGCUCGGGACGGAGCCUGCUCUUUAUCUUUCCCUUUAUCUCUCCCCGCGCUCGGACAGCGCUGGCGCAGGAGGCAGCGCCGCUCCCCGCUCAGCUCUGGAUGCCGGGAGGAGGAGGAGAGCUAACAGUAAGUGCAGCUCUAAGAUGAAAGCUCCAUCUGGGCAAGGCAUCAGGCUGGCAUACCUCCUCCUGAGCCUGGCUGCUCCCUGCCUUCCCAGCCCUCUCUGGAAGGACAGGGACUCCCUGAUGCAGGAGGAGAAAGCCCAUCAGACAGGUGGCAACUUGGUGCUGAGUAGGCAGGAGCAGCAGCUCAGUACAAAGCUCGUAAACCUCAAGAAGAAGGAAGUGGAAGCAGCCAUAACUACAGGACAGUUUCCUCCAAGCAUGCACUUCUUCAGGGCAAAAAGCCUCAUUGACCAGAGCAAGGUGUUCAGCAUCUUAAAGCGCAUGCCUAAAGGUGCUGUGCUCCACCUGCACGACUUCGCCAUGCUGAGCGUGGGCUGGCUGGUGUUCAAUGCCUCCUACCUGCCCGACUGCUACAUCUGCUUCACCCCCGUGGGCUCCGUGCGCUUCCACUUCUCCCGGCCGGGCCCGCCGCGCCCGCCACCGGCCCCCUGCUCCCCGUGGCUGCUGCUGGACACCUACCGGCGACAGCUGAGCGACGUGGCCGAGUUUGACAGAGGCUUGCUGAGAAACCUGACCCUGGUGACAGAUGCCCCUGAGCUGGCCUACCCUUCUCAGACUUUCAUUUGGAAAAGAUUUGAAGAAGUCUUUCUCAUUGCCUCUGGACUUAUCUGCUAUGCACCUGUGUUCAAGGCCUAUUUCUACCAGGGGCUGCUGGAGCUCUAUGAAGAUAACAUACAGUAUGUUGAGAUAAGAGCUAUCCUGCCUGCGGUGUAUGAACUGGAUGGCACCAAGCACAAUAAAUCGUGGUCUGUGGCAGCCUACCAGGAAGUGACCAGGCAGUUCGUGAAGGAACACCCAGACUUUGUUGGAGCCAAGAUUAUAUUUGCAGCACACAGGAUGCUGAAUGUCUCCCAGAUUAAAGAAGCCAUCGUCACUGCCAUGGCACUCAGAGCCCGCUUCCCAGACACCCUGUCAGGCUUCGACCUGGUUGGUGAUGAGGACAAAGGUCAUUCUUUAUGGGACCUGAAGGAUGCCCUGACCAUCCCAUAUUCCAUGGGGGUCAACUUGCCAUACUUCUUCCAUGCUGGGGAGACUGACUGGCAGGGCACCUCUGUAGACAAUAAUGUUCUGGAUGCAUUGCUACUGAAUACCAGCAGGAUUGGCCACGGACUUGCUCUCAUUAAACACCCAGUAGCCAAAAAUUUGUCUCUGAAGAGGGAUGUUCCUGUAGAAGUCUGUCCCAUCUCCAACCAGGUCCUGCUGCUGGUAGCUGACUUGAGGAGUCACCCUGCAGCCGACCUCAUGGCUGAAGGGCACCCCAUUGUGAUCAGCCCCGAUGAUCCCCCCAUCUUUGGGGCAAAGGGAGUCUCUUAUGACUUCUAUGAGGUGUUCAUGGCCAUUGGAGGGAUGAAUGCUGACCUGAGGACCCUAAAACAGCUUGCACUCAACUCCAUAAAAUACAGUGCCAUGCUACCGGAUGAGAAAGCCAAGGCCAAAGAGCUCUGGCAGAAAAAAUGGGACCAAUUUGUGGCUGACCUCUCUGAUAGCUUUCUAAGGGAGCUGUAGAGAGGACAAGGCUCAUCUCAGAAGGCAUUUGGCAAGCUAGAGUGAGCCAGACUGAUUGCUAAGAGGGAGACUGCUUCUUCCAUGUGACCUGAGCAGAUGAAUGGACGUCAAAGUCUCACCUGGCAGCAGCGACUCUGCUAAGCCAGGCUUGAUGGGCUUAAAGCUAAGAAGGAGCUGCACUAUCCUGUGAAACUCAUGGACUGGAGGUAAAAGGGAGCACUGAGCCUUUAGAGCAACCACAAGAAGUCACCCUGUUAAAAAGAGUCAACACAAUUAAAAACUGCCAAUGACCAAAUCCUGACAUCCAUAUUCAGGAAAAACAUGCUUUCCAAUUAGAGUCAGCAGGAGAUUGCCAACAGGAGGAUCUCUGAAUUUUGCUUUAUCAUUACAAAAUGCAGACCUUGUCCGGAAACAGCUAAGACAAACAUCCAACCAUUUGGGCCACUGACCUUCAAGAGAGCAAGGACUGAAAAUUACUCUUGUUAUGUUUAACCGUGGGCCUGCUGCCAAAAUAGCACUGCUAGGUCGAGGAACCAGUCAUAGGUCUGAUGUCUGCUAUUUCAGGACCUUCCAUGGCUGGAAACAAGCUGGUGGAACUUGCUCCCAGAACAUUUAAGCCUGGUUGCACAGUGAUCAUAAAGCCAGAAGAGAGGUGCCUCAGUUGCCAGCAGUUUUUUUACUACAAAGUCUUUUCCUGUCGUCUGGUCAAUAGGAAGACAAAACACAUUUCAGGUUAAGUCAAAAACAUCCUGGCUUCCCAGACCCAGCUUGAUUAAAACGAUCUCUCUGCACAAGGCUGUGUUAAUACAGACAUUUAUAGGAAACACCUUUUGGUUUCAGGGAGUUCCACUACCAGCCUUUGUUGCUGCACUCAUCGUGCAAACGUGGCCUUAUUCAGCCUGUCAGAGAGAUUUUCACCUUGGUACAGAACUGCUGUGGAUAUCCACACGGCUCAUGUGGACCUCUGUGGUUUCCAGCUCCUUGGCAAAAAAAAAAAAAAUCCUACACAAGAAAUAGUCUCUUGACAAGCUGAUUCCCUGUCUUAACAUCAUCAAAAAUAUCAGGAGGAGAACUGGUUGCAGGGAGACUAAAAAAAAAAAUACCAAAGAAACAAACCAGAUAAAAGAAAUCUUAAGCAGGUUGCUAAAUAAAUUCAGAAAAAUCCUUCAGCACACACAUGCCAAGCAUGCAGUCAGGAUCAAAGAGCAUCUUUCCCUGACUUCAGUACAAUCAUGCUGCUUUGCAUCAGUCAAGGGAGAAUUGACAAAAAUUCCUAAUGAAAGACAUCUCCCUCCUCUGAAACACAGACUUGCAAAGGCUGUUGUUCCUAAUCUGACCAGCCUGGGCCAAUUUACUCUCUCUGUGCUUUCUGUUAAUUGUCUCAAGCAGCUUGGCUGUAGUGUUUAUUUCCACUGACCUUGGCUGGAACACCUUAGCAGGAGGCAAACACACUUCUUACAGAAGUGGAGCAAGCUGCACAGCCUGUGUGCCCUGUGUGAAAUUGCCCACAGUUCACAGGCUUCAACUUCAUCUCUGGUUAUCCCAGAGAAAGUAAAAACCAACCAAACCAAAGACACUAUGGACCCCAUCACAGAACACAAAUAAAAUCACAGCAAACCACACGUGUGUGCAAUGCAGAAGGCAGCCACACAAACGACAGAAAUGAAAAAGUGAGAACCCACUCACACCCCUCACUAACUGGGGAGUGUUGUCUUACGCCCCCAGCCCUUUCCAGCCACAGCUACCUCUACUCCAGCUCUCUCUGCCCACACCCCCAGCAUCUUCUUCUGAAGCAUCCUGAUGCUUUUUAUUUUUUUUGCAGACUGACCUCUCCUGGGCCUUGAUACAGAUUUGGUCCUGGGAAGGAGUUUUAUACUGGAGGAGUAGCCAGAGCAGAGCCACCCUCCCUCCUCCUGCAUGGGUGUUGCAUACAGAGCUCAGACUAAAGUCCCCAGGGUAGGCUUCUGUCAUGGCCAGGUUAUAAAUGCUGACUUGGGAAGUGCUUUACCUGUAAUGCUGCUGAGUAGAACCACUGCAAACAAGCAGAAUGGCAGCUGACCAGCAACACAAAGCCCUGUCCCUCUCAGCAACCUGAUCUCUCAGCUUUGCUAUAUGUGGAUGGAUGAAGAUCUUUAUUUGCCAUGAGUUGAUUCUCCCUUAAAUAAGCCUCUUUGCUGCCAAGGUGAAGCUAAUCAUUACAGAGCCAUUGUGGGAGGAGCUGAGCUCGUCAACACACAGGUUGACCCAUGCCCCUUCCUUUUCCACCACAGCAGAAAGCUUUCAGCUCUUCCUGCACAUGGUCUCUUGAGGUCCUGAACCACUUUUUGCUUACCUGAAGUCCUCCUUUCUCCUCAUUACCUGCAGGAGUUGCAGGGCUGGAUCCUCCAUUUGCCAAAUGCUUGCUGGAACCAGUUUACCUGUUGUGUCCACUUUGUUCUUGCUUUCCUAGGAGUAGCCUGCUGUGCACAUUGGCUAUUUGCCUACUUCACAGCUGUGCUGUGAUGGGGCCAAGUGCCUGGAGCCACCGGUGUGUGAUGCCGCUCAGGAUUACAGCAGAAUCAGGUUUCUGCAAAAAUCACAGGGGUUUAAAAUGGCACAGGUCUCAUCCAGCCCUCAAAAAUGUGUGGCAGAGGGAGGGCCAGCCUGCCUUGCUGCUGGGAAUCUGCUCUUCCUUACAGCAUGUCUUAAUUGGGAGAAAGGUGCGAAUUGAGAAGCCCAGGCUGCAUCCUCACCUCUCUUAACUCCAGGUGUGCAAAAAAGGAGGAAUUUAGGCUGGACCACAGCAGUUCUAAAAGAUCAAUUCAUUCAGCUCCAUUCAAGCUUUGGGUAAAUUUGGCUUCAGGGCUUCACUGAGACUCAGCUUUUAGUAGCAAAAUUCCAAGGGUUUUGCUGCCAGUCUACUCCCUUUUGCCCAGCACCUUGGCUCCCUGCUCACAUUUGUUGGCAAAUACAUCACAUAUAAUGCUCUCUCUUGCCUGUCUCUUUCAGAACAUAGUCUAUAAUUAAAUUUUCAAACCUGUCUUAA